AGUGAACCACUCGCGAAGAGCAGUUCAGCGUUUGUCCUCGUGGAAACACUCGCCGUGAUGUCGCUCUUUCCGUCGUCUUUCCUUGCCACUUUCACCGUGCUUCUUUCUGUUUCCACGUUCUCUUGUUUCUCGAACGUCGCGCGGGCCAUCGUCUCUCGAGGCUACGCGAAGGGCAGUCGAAGGUUGAUCGUUCAGGGUGUAACGAACGAAGAGAAUCAACGGGAGGAAUUCUUACCGGCGAUACCAUGCGUCAAAAGUUUCCUGUUCAAGCACGUGAGCAACGAAAACAAGACCUCCCUGGUGGUGAUAGACGACGAGGAAGACAUCAACGGCAUAAUCAAGCCGCUCGUGGCGGGCCUUCACGCUAAUUUCUCCUUCUUCAGACACAGUGCGGAGUUGGACUUCGGGGUGAAAUUCCCUUCAAACAAGCACGCAUUGAGCACGAUCAUCGUGAUGCAAAACGCCAGCAGCUUCAAGGAUAGCUAUUACGUGAUAGAUCCGUGCGAUCGUGAUUGUCCUUUUAUCGUAAUAUUGACGAGCUCGUUUCAAGACGAAGAAACGUUCCUCGAGCAGACUGCCGUUCUAACGGAGUCGAUGUGGUCGCGAAGGAUAUGCACCGCGGUUAUUCUAGGAAGAGUCGGCGAUACCGUAUUCGCCGCUGGCAGCGUAACCUUCAAACCCGACGAAAUCUGCAGCCUGUCGGUUCCAGUUAUCUUGGACGAAUGCGGGAAGAUACCGUGGAGCAAGUUGGAGAAAAUCGAACCUCCAAAGAUGGAUGAUUGCACGAUAAAGGUAGCCUACUUCAAUGAAGAUCCAUACGUCGUGGCUGAGAAUGACACUGGAAAUAACGAGCUAUGGGGAUUCGAGGGACGAUUGGCAGAGAGCCUGUUGGAGAAUCAGAUGACCUUGCGGGAAGAGGUCGCGUGGGACGAUAACAGCAGCUUCGCGGAACAGGUGAAAAUGAUCAUCAACAACAACGUCGACCUGCUCGUUGGUCGUGUUCUGCAGCAGCCCUGCGACGACAUAGAUUACUCAACCGCGUACGACAUGUUGAAGGUGGUGUGGCUGGUGCCGAGGGUGCCUAACGUGUCACUGAAAGGACUGAUCCGGCCGUUUCAACUCUACGUCUGGCUAGCGGUUGUAGGAUCCAUACUGUUUGGCAGUGUCAUCAAGAUCUUUCUGAUCCGCGAUCUGUCCUUUCUCGAGAUAUUUUCUCUGAUAAUUGGAGUGUCCACCCCUCGUCAGCCUACCAGGCCUUCCACAAAAAUUCAGUUCGUCGCGUGGAGCGUUUUCGGCCUGUUUCUUACGCAGCUCUACGUGGACUCGCUGGCGGACGAGCUGAUCAAUCUGUCGGACCUGAGGUUCGACACGAUGGACCAGCUGAUCUUGUCGUCGUCGUUCGAAAUCGGCGGAACGACCGCGUUCUCCAAGAUCUUCGAGAAGUUCGAGGAAACGGACGAGAUGUUCCAGAUCGUGCGGAGCAGGUUCGUGACGUUCAACCAGUCCGACUAUCUCGCGCAGUAUCGCGACAUACUCGAGGGGAGGAACUCCUCGUUCGCCUUGGUCAUCGUUUUGAACUCGUCGCGCAGCGACGUGAUCGAGACGAAUCACGCGUACACCAUGACCACGGACGUGAUAUGCAGUUUCCCCCUGGGUUUCGCCACUUGGAAAGGGUUCCCCAACAUGAAGUACGUCGACAACGAUAUUCACAAUCUCAUCGACUUCGGGAUUUUCGAUUACAUGAUAAACCUCGCCUUGGCGAAGAACAAAUACUUGGUGUUGUCGCAAACUGCGCAGGAGGCAGAGUACAAGACGGAGCUACACAUGCGCCACUUCGUCCCGGCGUUCCUUUUAGUCGCCAUUGGCUACUCCAGUGCUCUGCUCCUCUUCAUCCUCGAGGUCGUGCUCUAUCCCUCCAAGCUUCUCGAGUAGUUU